AUGGCGGUAUUGGAGGAGGCUGUCCCACCUGAACACGCAGCGCAGGGAACACAGAGUCUCGACGAGAGACUGAUGAAACUCAAACAUAAGUUUGAACGUAUGUUCGAAAGUCUGGCUAAUAAAUUGGCCAUCAACCAAGUGACCGCUCCGUCAACUGCUCAGCAAAAGGCAGGCAGGGGCGGCCAGACAGCAGCUGCUCAGGAAAUCUCUAUCCCCAAUAAGGGAAAGAGGAUGGUGAGUGGCGAUAGGAGGAAGAAGACCUCCAGCGGCAAGGGUGCGCAGAAGCCCUCGUUCGCAGAGGAGCAAGAAGUGGUAGCGGUGCAAAAGGGACUAAGACCUCUGGCACCGCAACAACCAAACAGGCCGGUAAAACCACCCCUGCCACUAGGGCCCCAUCAGGGAACACUGCGUCAAGGAAACUACCACGAACUUCUAGAUGAGGCCCGCUCCAAGAUAAACCCAGGGGAACUGGGUUUCACAACGGGCUUCAAGCCGAAGAGGGCUCAGACCGGGGCUUUAAUCAUUGAAGUCCCCGGCAAAGACAGCUCGGCCAAGGCGGAUCUACUUGCUAACCACCUGGCCAAAGUCUUCGAGGGACGCCCUGGGGUCAAGAUUGCGAGACCCACAAAGACAGGCGAGAUAAGAAUCCUUGACCUUACGGAUUCAGCCACAGCGGAGGAGCUGGUGGUAGUUAUUGCGGAAGUGGAAAGCUGCGUACCCAAGCAGGUUCAAGUUGGCCCGCUCGUCAAGGGACCGAACGGUCUCUUUACAGCGUGGGCGAGGUGCCUGCUAACGGCGGUGAGUGCCAUCCAAAAGGCUGGCAAUAAACUGAUGGUGGGUUAG